ACCAGAAAGUGCAGCGAAAAGUGGGAGCAACAACUGCAGCUUAAUCAAAACAUCAAUGGCAACUCAUCCUCCCAUGGUUCUGCCCAUACGUUUCUUCAAGGCCAUUCUCAAAUCAAAUCUUCAAAGGAUUAAAAUUCCCGACAAGUUUACAAACAUAUACGGAGGGAUGUUGUGGAAUCCGGUGUUUCUCCGGCCACCAGAUGACACUGAAUGGAAAGUGCACUGGACCGAACAGAACGGUGAGAUCUGGUUCGAGAAGGGUUGGAAGGAGUUUGUUGAAAACUAUUCCCUGGAUCACGGUCACUUUGUUUUCUUUACGUUUGAUGGAACUUCUAAGAUUGAUGUACUCAUACUUCAUCAGAGUUUCCACGAUCCUUCUCCUCACACUUCUGAGCAACGUGAAAGCCCUGACCAUAGUGACGAUGAAGAAGAAGAAGAGCCUGAUUCUGACCAGAACCAGAUCGUUAAAUAUGAUGAUGAGGUUAGUGAAGGAAAUUUAUCAUUGAAUUGGCCAAGGGACGCUAGAGCAAGGGAAUUGGCAAAGAAGUUCAUCUCCUGCAAUCCAUUUUUCACUGUUUUGAUAAGGCAUUAUAAUCUCACAGAGCACAGGCUGAAUCUUCCAAAUUUGAAGGGUUACAUUGAUAAGGGGAAGAAGUAUGUUACGGUGGAAGUUGGAGGAAAAUCAUGGAGUUUGAAGUUGGUGCGUUAUUCUUCUGACCGUAUACGCAUGGGAUUAGGUUGGAGAACGUUUGCAGGGGAGAAUGGUUUGGAAGGUGGAGAUGUUUGUAUCUUUGAACUCAUCUCCAGAAAUGAUCAUGUUUUCAAAGUUCACAUCUUCAAAAGGCAGAGUUAAUCCUCCUUAUUUUUCUGCUUUUGUGCUUUUGGCAAUUUAGGAAAAAGGUCACUUUCCAUUAGAAUGGGACACUCAGCAUUUUGGAAAAUUUAGCAUGUUUGUUCUACUUUUUGUUGGAUGUUAUGAAACUGGGUAUAAUUUUAUAAA